GAAAGUCUUGAGCCGAUAAUAAGUCGUGUGUUACGUCGAAUGUGUGUUGUGUAGGUUAGUGUUACACGUGAAGAUGGUUAUCAAGAGCAACUCUCCUACCGGCUAUGUUUUACAAAGACCAUGGACCCCCACCAAACGACGUGGACCAAUCGCAGCGGAACAUAUAGGUCCUGGCCCCGCCUAUAUUUCCUUGCCCUCAACAUUUGGCCUGGGCAGCGGAGAUACCAGUUAUUCGAAAUCUCCUUCAUACACGUUUGGGUCUAAGGUUGAAGCAAGGAGGAAGAAUUUCACUCCUGGCCCCGGUUCUUACGAUAUUGCUGGGAUAUCGGAAAAAGGCAAGGAAACCGUACCGGCACCUUCAAUAUCUGGAAGGAUGAAGGACCCAGACAAAUUUAUAACCCCCGCUCCAGGGGCUUAUACACCAGAACAAAGUGUUAAGACCUUUCAAAAUGGGUCACCCAGCUAUUCCUUUGGAGUCAAAUUAAAAGAUCAGAAGAAAGACAAUUACCCAGCACCAAACACUUACAAUGUGAAUGGAGAAGACGUGAGCUAUCCCCACUCUCCAUCAUAUUCCAUGGGUGCUAAACUUAACCAUGAAAGAAUCAACAAUACACCUGGACCUGGGGCUUUUUCACCUGAGAAGGUUCGUGUUGCUUCCCAGCAAGCCCCUGCUUACAGUUUUGGAAUUCGCCAUUCUCCUUACGCCUCCAAAACGCCUUCCUAGUCUGAUGCUUGUCUAACACCACGAGCUGAAGACAGACUCCUACUUCCACUUUUAGAAUUCCCCAUUCUCCUUACGUCCCCCAAAACGUCCUCCUAGUCUGAUGCAUGAGACACUAGCGUCACAUGCUGAAGGCAACUCCAAAUGCUUACUUCAAAUCCGUUAAAGAUUUUUUCUGUAAUCUUAAAUCCGUUUUAAAGUGUUUUUUAAGCUUUGAUUUUAUUCUAACAACUAAGGUGCAUUGAUUACAGUUUUUUAAAUAUAUUGUCUACUAAUGAAGCAACAAAUAUACGUUUUAGUUAAACGAAGCGUUGAUAAAUAAAUAAAUAUGUGUAUUACAUGUAAAGUACAAUCCUUCCUAUAGAUGUCGCGUUACGUAUAAUUCUUAUCAUAAUUAUCAAGAUAAUUACUUAUAAGUUUAGCUACUACAGCUGUAGGAACAAUUAUGAUAUGUCAAAAACAGCACUAAACCGUAGAGACAUAAAAUAAGUGUAGUGAUAAUACUUUAAAAUUAUAAGCUUUCAACCAAUUUUUGUCAUAAUAUUCUUGAACUUUGGUUAUGAUACGGUUAUUUAUGUAAUACAGAAAAUAUGUUGUAUUUUUAUAAAAGAGAUAUUUCAAUAUGUAUAUCACACAAAGUUAAACCUUGCAGGUGUGUUGUGAAUAUUUUACGAUAGAAUAAAACUGAAUUAUCCGAGUACCUUCUGUGCUUUACGUAUAUUUUUUGUCUGUUUUUUGUAGUAGAGUCCAAACAUGAUAUUUUUUUUGUCGUAGAAUAAUAUUGGGAAUAAGAGAUGUUUUAUUUUUCAUCGUUUUUGUUGAUGUUUUAAAACUGUUUCCUGUGUUUGCUUUAGAAAUGUUAGCAUUUAAGUGAGAUCUCUACACGUAUUGUAGUUCAUUAGUUUCUAUUUCAAAAUAAAAAUAACGCUCAGUGUAUAAAAUAUGUAAGAUGUGCUUUUUUAUUUUCCAUAAAGCAUUUAUAUGACGUAACAGUUUUAUCUAGUAUGUUGUUGGAAGUAGCAUUUUCUUAUAAUUUUGUUUAAAUUUUGAAACUUUGCUCAUAAAAAUAUAGCAGAUAUACGUGUAGGUUGGUUUAUUUUUUAUUAUAAUUAUUAAUUGCAUAUAUAUUAUAGCGCCAUCUAUUAAUAGUUUGUUAAAUUAAUACAAUUCAUUUGAAUUACAAUGUUUAUGUUUAAAAAAGAGUGUGUUGUUACGUAGUUUGAUAGGUAGUAAGUUAUACUAAUGAAAACGAUUGUUUAACUUAAAGCUUUUUAUUUGAGAGCAUCUAGUAAAAUGUGCUUUGCUUGGAAACGUCUGUGAUAUAGUUUAUUGCCAGUAAUAUUCAGUUUUUGGUGACGGAUUUAUGAUCGACAGUGUUGUUGUUGUUUUAAAAUAAACAUCAAUUUGUAUUCCUUCUUUAUGGAUUUUUAUAUGAGUGGAAAAAACUGUAAAUUCAAUAAAGCUUUUCAAAUUUGA